CGAGCUAUGAUGAAGACCUUGUCCAGUGGGAACUGCACGCUCAGUGUGCCCGCCAAGAACUCCUACCGAAUGGUGGUGUUGGGCGCCUCGCGUGUGGGCAAGAGCUCUAUUGUUUCCCGUUUCCUCAAUGGCCGUUUUGAGGACCAGUACACGCCCACCAUCGAGGACUUUCAUCGAAAGGUGUACAACAUCCACGGGGACAUGUACCAGCUGGACAUCCUGGACACCUCAGGCAACCACCCAUUCCCUGCCAUGCGCAGGCUGUCCAUCCUCACAGGAGAUGUCUUCAUACUGGUGUUUAGCCUGGAUAGCCGGGAGUCCUUCGAUGAGGUCAAGCGCCUCCAGAAACAGAUCCUGGAGGUCAAGUCCUGCUUGAAGAAUAAGACCAAGGAGGUGGCGGAGCUGCCCAUGGUGAUCUGUGGGAACAAGAAUGACCACAGCGAGCUGUGCCGCCAGGUCACUGCCAUGGAGGCCGAGCUGCUGGUGUCUGGGGAUGAAAACUGCGCCUACUUCGAGGUGUCGGCUAAGAAGAACACGAAUGUGAAUGAGAUGUUCUAUGUGCUGUUCAGCAUGGCCAAGCUGCCCCACGAGAUGAGCCCUGCACUGCACCAUAAGAUCUCCGUGCAGUAUGGCGACGCCUUCCAUCCCCGGCCCUUCUGCAUGCGCCGCACCAAGGUCGCAGGUGCCUAUGGCAUGGUCUCACCCUUUGCCCGCCGCCCCAGUGUCAACAGUGACCUCAAAUACAUCAAGGCCAAGGUCCUACGGGAGGGCCAGGCACGAGAGAGGGACAAAUGUAGCAUCCAGUAA